GUGCUUGAAGAGCAACUUCUUUUUUUUUCCUCCUCCUUUCUGUUGCAAUCAUUGCUUGCUUGACAGGCCCAGACGGAAUUACAUCACUUCCUAAAACCCAUCAAAGAGAGUCCAUCUCCUCAAGAAAUGCAGCUCAGAUGCACCCCGGCAGGAAACAGGAAAUGUAAAUGUUUGGGUGAAGCCGGGAGCCAGCCGAAGCACCCCUCGGGUGGGAGCACCGCCAAGGUAACAUGCGAAAGCAAAACCUCAUCGUGCUGCUUUCUGCCCUGUCACUGGCUGGAAGAUCUGCUGGGAAUGGCUUUGAAAAUGAUGGUUCAGGAGACGGAUCACCAAUGUUACCCACUGUUACAGUAACGCCUCCUGCUACACAUUCUUCAACUGCAGAUGACCACGAGCCAGUACUUGGCACUGCAGGCGCUACUGAAAGCGGCUCUGAAGCAAGAAGUACUCCAAGUACUGAACUGAAUACCGUAAAUGAUCAAGACAGCCUAGAAGCAGCAGAACAGUCUAUCUUGAUAUACGUUGUCCCUGUCGGGCUGCUGGUCCUGCUGAUUUUGCUCAUCAUAUUUUUUGUAAUACAUCAUAAAAGGAAAAAGUCUAAGCAAGAUGAGCUGGGAAGCGAAAAUGUGAAAAGUCCUAUUUUUGAAGAAGACACACCCUCUGUUAUGGAGAUAGAAAUGGAAGAGCUUGACAAAUGGAUGAACAGCAUGAACAAAAACGCUGACUGUGAAUGCUUGCCUACUGUAAGAGAAGAAGAAAAAGAAUCCAUUGCCAACCCAAGAAUGCAACUUGUUCCAAAACUACUUUUCAGAUGAUGGUGAAUCAUGAAGUCACAACAGCAAAGAACUGGUUAAAGUGAAGCAGUGCACAAGCUAACUAUCCUCCAGAUAUUGGAUGGACUGGAUUUACAUAGAAUUCAUCUCAAAAAGCCAGAGAAGAAAAUGCUUUUGCUGUGUUCUGCUACAUAGUCUUCAGAAAGGAAACAUCACCAAAGGGAAGGAAAUAGAAAAAGGAAAAGAACUAUAGUAAGAUCAGGGGCUGAUUUGAAUUCCUUCUGCAAUGAGAAUCAUCUCACAUCAAGACAAGCCAUUUCCCCCCCUAAAAGUUCUCAAAAUAGUUUCUGUUUCUGUCUAGUUCUUCAGUUGUGUAUUGUGCAGCACUUAAAACCACUUCUGUUCCAAGUUUGGUAGGUUUGUAUUUUUAUUUUUUUUGUGGUGGUUGUUUUUAGACAUAAACAGCAGCCAUAAUUCUGGACUACCCUGGUUUGGUGGAUGUGAUGCUCAUGCCUAUGCAAUGUUUGGUUUUCAAUUUGCUGUUUGGUAAUGGUGCAAUGAUUUGCACAGGGCAUCUGCUGGAGAGGUACUAGACUAGGACUGACAGACCAACUCUGAGAACAGAGCAGCUGAAAAGACUCUCAAAGGAUUUGCCACAGGUGACUGCAGCCCAGUGAGGGCAUGGUUUGUGUACAUGCUUUUUGGUUUUCAAAUUAAAAGCAUUGGAGAAGUGAAAAAUACUAUUUUGAGAUUGCCUUUCAGUUCGCUAUCUUCACAGAUUAGUACCUUGGGCUACCUCUCACCAUUUAACCUUCCUCCAUGGCCAGUGCUGUUCCUUUAACAACCACUUGCUUCAGGAAUAUUCAACUUGAAAUCAUUUUUUUUUCUUUUUCAAAAUCAAGAGGUUGAAAAAUUGAACACCACAACACUUAUACCAAACAAGUUCAGGUAAGUACAAGUUAUGUGUAACUACUUAGUCAAGGUAUUAAGAUGCAGUAAGAUCUCUGCUUCUUCUGGUUUUGAAUACUGAGGCUGCAAUAUCUGAAAGACGUGAACUCCUCUGUGUGCCUGGUCAUCUUUAAUUACACUGAAUAAACCGACUCCUUAGAUGGUGGGACUGUAAAUGUUGUAAUUGCAUCAAUUGAUCUUCAGGUGGCACAUCUCUUAUGGGUGUAGUUUAAAUACUUAACACACAUGAAAGUGGAUACUUGUCUGUGCAAAGCUUACCCCACCUUAUUUAAAAUAUUAAAUUCAUAUCCUACUGUA